AAAUAUAGGAUAUUUAAAAAGUCCGUCAUUUGAUUUUUAAGUGUUCCUUUUUAACUGAACUUCUUGCACUCUUUAGUUGAGUUGUGAAGUCGAAUUGAGUAUUGAAACCUGUGAGCCUUGGCUGAUGUGCUGGUGUUGGCUAACCUUGGCUGGGUUGGACUCAAUUGUGGAAUUAAAUAGACAAGUCACAAAUAUUUCUUUAUAAAUCGUAACUACAAUAUUAAAUCGUGCGAAAAAUUUUAAUUAGUUACGACAUGAAUUCGAGUACAAGUACAGUUUCAAAAUCCACAGUUGCACCUUCGACCGAACAAAAAUUCAGUAUCAGGGUACCAAAAAAUAGCAAAAAAAAGUACAAUGUUAUGAGAUUCAACGCAACACUGAAUGUAGAUUUUUCAAAAUGGAAUCAAGUAAAAAUGGAACGGGAGAACAACAUGAAGGAAUACAAAGGUCUGGAAGAGGAAUUGCCAAAGUUUGGUGCUGGAUCCGAAUUUGGGCGUGACGCCAGGGAGGAGGCCAGGAGGAAGAAGUACGGUAUUACUAGCAGAAAGUAUAAAGUAGAGGAUCAGCCAUGGAUUCUAAAGUCUGGAGGAAAAACUGGGAAGAAGUUUAAGGGCAUUCGGGAGGGAGGAGUCAGCGAGAAUGCCGCGUACUAUGUCUUUACACAUGCUGCCGAUGGCGCGAUAGAGGCGUUUCCCCUGCAUGAAUGGUAUAACUUUCAGCCGAUCCAGAGGUACAAGGCCCUCAGUGCUGAGGAGGCUGAGCAAGAAUUCAGUCGUAGAAAUAAGGUAAUGAAUUAUUUCUCGCUAAUGUUACGUAAGAGAUUAAGGAACGAUGAGGAUGGUGCAGAUGAAGAGGAAUUGGUGGAGGGUGGUAAAGGGAAGAGACUGAGUAAAAAGGAAAAGGAACUGAAAAUAUCGGAGAUGGACGAGUGGAUGGACAGUGACGAUGAUGAGUCAGACAGUGAUGAAGAUGAUAACAAGAAGGGAUCUGAGGAGGAGGAUGAUGGAAAAAAGAAGAAAGACAAAGUUCAAUUGCAAAAGAAAAAAAAGAAGAAAAACGCCUCAGACGAUGAAGCAUUUGAAGAAAGCGAUGACGGUGACGAGGAAGGAAGGGAAUGCGAUUAUAUUUCGGAUUCCUCUGAACCUGAAUCAGAAACAGAAGGCAAGGAAAUUAAGUCUGUCGCGGAAGAAGACGCGUUAAGAAAAUUACUCGCGUCUGACGAAGACGAAGAUGAUGAAGAGCAAACAGAUAAAAAGAACGGCGAGGAAGAUAAGGACGAAGACGAGGAAGGAAAGGAAAAGGAUGAUAAGGAUAAAGAUAAGCUUAGUAAAGAAAUGGAAAAGAGAAAGGACAAAAAGAAGAAGAAAGCGAAGAAAAAGGAUCAGAAAAAAUCUGCGUCGGGAAAGGAUUCGUCCAGCGAUUUCUCCAGCGACUCGGAAUCGGACUCGGAUACACCGCUAAAAGAGAAGGACAACAAGAAACCCAACAGCGCACACAGUUCGAGAUCCGCGACGCCGACACCUGCGGCGUCCGGUGCCUCGGAUUCUCUCAAAAGAAAUUGGGAUCAAUCUGGAUCAUCUUCAGAUUUGCCACAAGCAAAAAAAUUAAAACUCGAUAACUUUAACUUAGCUCCAACAUCAUAUAUACCAGGAGCGAGCGAAUCGGGAAUCACGGAAGAUGCGGUAAGGCGGUAUUUAAUGCGCAAACCGAUGACAACGACCGAGUUGCUGCAGAAAUUCAAAUCCAAGAAGACCGGGCUUACAUCCGAGCAACUUGUCAACAUCAUGACUCAAAUACUCAAAAAGAUAAAUCCCACCAAGCAAACCAUCAAGAACAAGAUGUACCUAUCAAUCAAAGCGCAAUCCAACUGAUUUCAAUGCGAGUUAUUUAUGAUUAUUACACGUAUACAAUGUUUGUUCAGUUACACAAUUGCUCUGUGUACAAAACCACGAAAAAAUAUUUGUAUAUUAAAGUUUCUGAAAUUACA